ACAGCGAACUAUCCAUCAUGCUGAAGUACAUCAAAAUAGUUCUGUCAGUGCUCAUACCUCUUGCUUUUGCAGCAAGUCUCGGAGACUCCGUGGGUUCGGCUGACGUAGAAAUACCAGCAUUUGUACAAACACUCAGGGAGCUUUACCGUGGACCACCACCAGGGCAGGUCGGCACCAAGCGAUCAAAUGUGGAGACGCGCUGGAUUCUCCAAAAAUUGGACAACUUUAACGACUCAAAUGAGGAAGUGUGGUACGAUCGUGUACUGAUUAACGAGGACUACUUCGUAGAUGGUUCUCCAAUCUUCAUAUACCUAGGCGGAGAAUGGCAGAUUGAACCUAGCGCCAUAACAUCAGGUCUAUGGGUGGACAUCGCACGCGAGCACAAUGGAUCUCUGGUCUACACUGAACAUCGAUUUUUCGGAGAAAGCAUUCCCAUUAAACCCUUGUCAACUGCCAACCUCAAAUAUCAAAGUGUGGAACAAGCUUUGGCCGAUGUGGUUAAUGUUAUCAACGUUCUUAAAACGGAGGACAAGUACAAGGACUCGAAAGUAGUUAUAUCUGGUUGUUCUUACUCUGCAACUAUGGCCGUUUGGCUUAAGCUAUUGUACCCCGACGUAAUCGUUGGCAGUUGGGCGUCCAGUGCUCCAUUAGAGGCCAAAGUAGACUUUAAAGAUUACAUGCAAGUUGUUGGCCAAGCAUACAGGGAAUUGGGAGGAGACUAUUGCUACAACAUUAUCGACAAUGCCACGUCCCAAUAUGAGAAAUUGUUUGCGAGCGGCAAUGGCACUGAGGCCAAGAAGAUUUUAAACCUUUGUGACGACUUUGACGAGAACGACGAGCAGGAUCAGUGGCAAAUAUUUAGCACGAUUGCAAAUGUUUUUGCUGGCAUUGCCCAGUACCAAAAACCCGAAAACUACGACUUGGCCCAAUAUUGCUCCGUUCUUCGGAGCUUUGAUCCCGACGAUGCUGUAGCAGUAUCUAAAUUCGUACAGUGGCGUCUCAAUUACCCAACAUGCGUUAAUACCCGGUAUAAGGGAACUGUUGCCUAUUACAAAUGGUCAAUGGACAACUACGAUGGUUCUGGUCUUGCCUGGUUCUAUCAAACAUGCAGAGAAUUCGGCUGGUUUCAGUCCUCUGGGAGCACAACUCAACCAUUCGGCUCUUCUUUCCCGGCCACUCUGUACACCGAUACCUGUCGCGAUGUUUUUGGCUCAGGUUACUCGUCAGCGAGAAUCGAGAGGUAUAUCAGGGCCACAAACAAGAAGUAUGGCGGUGUGGAUCCGGCUGUCGAGAACGUUUACAUGACUCAGGGUGGACUGGAUCCAUGGAGCAAAGUUGGCGCUGGCCUGGCACAAAACGCCACCAUUAUUCCCCAAGCCUCACACUGCUCCGAUUCGGGCUCAAUCAGUGCCACGGACAGUCCUGGACUUCGCGCCGCCAAGGAGCGAUUGGUUAAACUAGUUCGCGAGUGGCUUGCCUAACUCUAUAUAUUUUUAAUUUUACCUUAUAUUAAUUGUUAUAUACAUAUAUAUAUAUUUUUUAUUUGUUUAAGAGAUGAAUUUAUAAUUAAUAAAACCAAUAUUUACUCAAA